AUGUUUAAAUACUAAGUUGAAUUGACUGUCAAUAAUGAAAUAAUCGACAAAUAAAAAUAGUAAGAAGAAUAUACUCAGAUUCCUAUAGAAGAGGAGGAGGAUUAUUUCUAUUGUAAAAAAUGCAAAAAAAAAANGAGAGAGGAAGGUUCAUCUGAAAGAAAAAUGAGUAGAGAAGAAGAAGGCACAUCUGAAAGAUCUCUAAAGAGAGAGGAAGGUUCAUCUGAAAGAUCUUCUGCGAAGAGAGAGGAAGGAUUAUCAGAAGAUAAAGCCGACUCUAAUGAUUCGUAAUUGGAAUAGCAAUUAACAGAAACUGCAAAUCAAUCAAAUCGAAAAAAUUUAGAAUUAGAAAUAGUUAGUGAACAAGUACACAGUCCAAAUUAGAAUAAUUAUUGCAUGUAAUUAUUUUCAGUUUCGAUCAUCUUGGUAUUUGUCUAUUGA